UAUCAGACACUAAUAGUCUGAUAAUGUCCCUCAUUGAAUGCUCCUCCUACUGUAUAGACACUAAUGAUGGAGGUGAUACCAGUGGGGUAACCCCUUUCAUUAGCCAUCUAAUUAAUAUUAUUAUUGAAUUAAUUGAUGAUCUGUUUCUCGUACCAGCUGUACAGUUGGAGGGUGUGUCCAAUUGCAUUGUUUGGUUGAUCAAUCUGCUCGUUAAGAGAUCAGUGAGAUAUCAGUCCGAUAUGACACACCUUGAUCAACUGAGAUCAGAGUUAACGCAUCGCCUGUGUCAGAGAUUAACAAUGAGCGAUACUGUAAAACAAAGUCUAAACUCUAUCUCUACCUUACUGGUCAAAUUUUAUCCGCAACCCACUUCAGCCACACCUACCAUAGUCCCGCCCACUUCUCCUCUAACCCUCAUCUCUCCCUCCACUUCCCAGUACAUGUUACCAUUAACAUGUGAACUAAUAUCAGAUUGUCUCACCAGAUACUCAAAUUCUCUCUCUCACAUUAAACUAGCUUCAUCUCUUCUCUCCGCUAUCAGUCACAUGACCUCUUCGUGGGUCGAUCAUGUCACACGGCUUGUCGGAUGCCCUUAUAAGGAAGGUGUUGAGGGCGACGCCCAUUACAGCUUGGCAAAGUACCUAAUUGAGUUAUUGAAUAGUGGAAUUGAGGUGGAGUCUGGAAAAGAGGUGGAGAAAUGGGGCGUGUCUGUUGGAGGCGUGUCACCUGAAAUGCUUGCUUGGUCUUUUAGUGAUAUUGAGAUGAGAGAGGAGCUGCUGGUUGAUUGUUGUGUUAAUGUGCUGUACGCUGGAAGGGGCGGGGAAAGAGGCGGAGUCAAUGAUGUACAUGGACAUGUAUUAUCGACCGAGUCAGUUCGGAAGAUGUUACUGGAAAUUU